UUAAACCCUUCAUUUGACGGAAAUGAAGCAAGACAGCAUAGAGAAUGGACUUUUGUGGUGUCUACACGUUAUAUAAUAUUCUCCCAAAUAUCAGUCAAGGAUGGCUCUAUUUAAAAUGAAACCAAGACCACCAGUAGGAGCUUUAAAUGGCCAGAGUCUACAUACCAAUCAUGUUAGCCAAUCAGAACUUUUUUGUUACAGACCUUGAGGUUGAAAACAACUGCCUUAUUUCAGCAGAGAGCCACAAUGAAUGCAGAAGACCUUUUAAACACUUUGGAAGAUUUGAAAGAAAAUGAAUUUAAGGCCUUCAAGUGGCAUCUGCAGCAACCUGGAGUCCUGGAAGGCGACCAAGCCAUUAAAGAGUCCAAGCUGGAGAAAGCAGAGAGGCGGGACACAGUGGAUCUGAUGGUGAACACCUACAAACUCCAUGGAGCACUCAAGCUGACCAAGAAGGUUUUAGAGAAGAUACCCAGAAAUGAUCUGGUGCAGAGGCUUUCAUACGCCAGCUCAGGACCAGAAGUCUCAGUUGCUGUCAAAGAUGUUGGAGAGACUUCAGAGAGCAGAGGGACUACCUUCUUUCAGAGGGAAGGUAAAGCUGCGGUUUUCUCUGAUGUGAUUGUUCCAGUACCAGAGCCACAGCCCAUCACAUAUUACCAAAAGUUGCUUCAAUCACACUUCCAGGACAAGUUUAUGUGCGCACAAGAAGGGUGGUUACAGAAAAAGGAUGAGCAACGUCUUGAUGAUAUCUACACAGAGCUGUACAUCACAGCUGGGGGGGACGUAAACAUCAACACACAGCAUGAGGUCAGGCAGAUCGAGGCGUUGGUGGUGAAGCCAGCAGGAACAGAGAAAACAAUUAAACACAGUGACAUGUUCAAACCCCCCUGUGGAAGAUAUAAACCCAUAAGAACAGUACUGACCAUUGGCAUUGCAGGAAUUGGCAAAUCAUUCCUUGUACGCAAGUUUGUGUUGGACUGGGCUGAAGGAAGAACCAACCAAGACGUACAUCUAAUUUUCCCUUUCAGCUUCCGCCAACUGAAUUUGUUUAAGGGAGAAAAGUUUAGUUUGGUAAAGCUCAUUCAGGAAUGCAUCCAGGAAACCAGAGACAUGAAGGAAGAAGUUAUGAAUCACAUCUUUACAACUCUGCAGUCAUCAGGAAACACCAACUAUGACAAGAGCAAGUUUAAACUUCUGUUUGUUUUGGAUGGACUGGAUGAGAGCCGCCUUGAUCUGAACUGCUCUACUAGUGAAUACGAGGCAGUUAACAUUGAUGUGACAGCGUCAAUGUCAGUGGAUUUGCUGUUGACAAAUCUCAUCAAGAAGAACCUGCUUCCCUCUGCUCGCCUCUGGGUAAGCACACGCCCUGCAGCAGCCAAUCAGAUCCAUUCAGAUUUUGUUGACAUGGGGACAGAGGUGAGAGGGUUUACUGAUUCACAGAAGGACGAGUACUUCAAGAAGAGAAUCAGAAAUGAGGAGCAGGCCAGCAGAAUCAUCUCCCACAUUAAGAUAUCACGAAGCCUCCACAUCAUGUGCCAUAUCCCAGUCUUCUGCUGGAUCACUGGUACAGUUCUGGAGGAUAUGUUGAAAAGCAGAGGGCUGGGAGAGCUGCCAAAAACCCUGACUGAGAUGUAUGCAGAGUUCCUGAUGUUUCAGAUUCACCAGACAAAAAAGAAGUAUGCCCACACCCAGUGCAUUAAAUACAUGAAGUCAUUGGCAAAACUUGCUUUCCGCCAGUUGGAAAAGGGAAACAUGAUCUUCUAUGAGAAAGAUCUCAAAGAGAGUGGCAUUGAUGUCAGCAGAGCCUCAGUGUGCUCAGGAGUUUUUACAGAAAUCUUCAAAGAGGAACGUGGGAGGAAGCAUGAUGAACGCAAGAUGUUUAGCUUCGUCCAUCUCAGUGUGCAGGAGUUUUUUGCGGCUCUCUAUGUAGAGAGCUCAGUCAUUGACAGAAAAAAGAAUGUGAUGUGUGACCCAGGCCAAACAACUUGGGCAGUUGAGAAAAUGAGAAUGUUUUUCAGAAAAACAUCUUUGACAGAGGUUCACAUAUUUGCUAUUGACAAGGCCUUGCAGAGUGAAAAUGGACACCUGGAUCUCUUCCUUCGAUUCCUCCUUGGUCUUUCACUGCCAGCCAAUCAGACUGUCCUGAGAGACCUUCUGAAUACGAAAAUAACCUCAACAACCGAUCAGGAAACGGCUGGAUACAUCAAGAAGAAGAUCAGUGAGAAUCUGUCUCCAGAGAGAAGCAUCAAUCUCUUUCAUUGUCUGAAUGAACUGAAUGAUCGUUCUCUAGUGGAUGAGAUCCAACAGUUCCUGAGUUCAGGAAGUCUCUCCACAGAUAAGCUGUCUCCUGCUCAGUGGUCAGCUCUGGUCUUCAUCACACUUUCAUCAGAAUGUGAUCUAGAAGUGUUUGACCUGAAGACAUAUUCUGCUUCAGAGGAGGCGCUUGUGAGGCUGCUGCCAGUUGUCAAAGCCUCCGGAAAAGCUCUGCUCAGUGGCUGUAAUCUUUCAGAGAGAAGCUGUGAAGCACUGUCGUCAGUUCUCGGCUCACAUUCCUCUAGUCUGAGGGAACUGGACCUGAGUAACAACAAACCGAAGGACCCAGGAGUGAAGCUGCUCUGUGCUGGACUGGAGAGUCCAAACUGUGCGCUCGAGAUACUCAGGUUGAGUCAAGCCAGGUUAACAAAGCAAAGCUGUCAGGAGCUUUCAUCAGUUCUCCGCUCACAGUCCUCUCGUCUGAGAGAGCUGGACCUGAGUAACAACGACCUGCAGGAUUCAGGAGUUGGGCUGCUCUCUACUGGACUAGAGAGUCCAGACUGUACACUGGAGACUCUCAGACUGAGUGGUUGUCAUCUUUCAGAGAGAAGCUGUGAAGCUCUGUCUUCAGUUCUCAGCUCACACUCCUCUUCUCUGACAGAGCUUGAUCUGAGUAACAAUGACCUUCAGGAUUCAGGAGUGAAGCUGCUCUCUGUUGGACUGGAGAGUCCAAACUGUUCACUGAAGACCCUCAGGUUGAGUCAAACUGGGCUUAAAAAUAAAUGCCAGGAGCUUUCAUCAAUUCUCAGCUCCCAGUCCUCUGGACUGAAAAAUCUGGAUCUGAGUAACAACGACCUGCAGGAUUCAGGAGUGGAGCUGCUCUCUGCUGGACUGGGGAGUCCACAUUGUAUGCUGGAGACUAUGAGGCUAUCAGGCUGUCUGAUCACAGAGGAAGGCUGUACUUCUGUGGUUUCAGCUCUGAGAUCCAACCCCUUACAUCUGAAGGUGCUGGAUCUGAGUUACAAUCAUCCAGGAGACUCAGUAAUAAAGGAGCUGUCUGCUGGACGGGAGGAUCCACAUUGGAAACUGGAACUCAGGGUGGAACAUUGUAGAGAGCAGAUGCUAAAACCUGGUCUAAGGAAGUAUGCCUGUGAACUUAAAAUGGACACAUACACAAUGAACAGAAACCUUAAGCUGUCUGACAACAACAGGAAGGUGACAUCAGUGACUGAGGAGCAGCCAUAUCAAGAUCAUCCAGAGAGGUUUGACUACUGGCCUCAGCUGAUGUGUAGCAAUGGUCUGACUGGUCGCUGUUACUGGGAGGUUGAGUGGAGAGGAAGGGUCUUCAUAUCAGUGACUUACAGUGGAAUCGAAAGAAAAGGAAACAGAGGUCGCUGCAGGUUUGGAGGGAAUGAUCAGUCCUGGAGUCUGUCGUGCUCGGAUGCUGAAGGUUACUCAGUCUGGCAUAACAAGAGAAGUAUAUACCUCCCUUACUCCUCCUCCUCCUCCUCCUCUUCCUCCUCCUCCUCCUCCUCUGUCUCUAACAGAGUAGCAGCGUAUGUGGACUUUCCUGCAGGAACUCUUUCCUUCUACAUUGUCUCCUCUGACACACUGAUCCACCUCCACACUUUGCAAACCACAUUCUCUGAACCUCUUUAUCCUGGAUUUGGCUUUGGGCUUGGGUUAUUGCCAUAUAGUCCCUCUGUGUCUCUGUGUUCACUGUAGGAGGGAGAGUCUGAAAAACACACAUGCACUUUUUCACCCAAAAAAAGUCCACGGUCACAAAGUGUUGUCUGUCUUCCUGAUGCACACUCUUAUCGUUUAGUUGUAAUGUCAUUUUUUGUGGUUAUCAAUUUCCCAAAAUACCCAGGAUAGACCAACAAAAUGUGAACACAAAGAGCAAAGAUUAACGUUACUGUCUGAACGCAAUGUGCUUUGUAUUGACUCACCUUAUGCUCUUUUAUUAUGUCACUUUAUGUCUGCACAUUUUAAGUGCCUUAAACCACAUUUUAAAGAUGAUUUUGUUCUGAUUUGUCCGAUAAAGACGUUUUUCUCAAAUUAGUAGUCCAUAAUGUCGGUGUCCAAAAAAAUCAGGUUUCAGACCCACAUGAUAAUAUCAAAAAUAUGAUUGUUUCUUCAAACCAAUGUAUUAGAUAGAUAGAUAGAUAGAUAUAGAGAGAGAGAGAGAGAGAGAGAGA